CGGACACGGGAUGCACGGUGCACCACACCCACCCCCGUGACGAGCCUCGCGCUAGACCCACACACGCGCGAACACGAACACGAGACUGCGGCCAUGGCGAGCGCUGGCGACCCGAGGCCGGAGGACGACUCCUUCUCCGACGGCGAGACCACUGGCUCGGACUCCUCCGACGAGUCCUCUCCGCCGACGCAGCAGCAGCAGCUGAGGGGGUCCCGCCGCCCCGGCGCAAACAACCCGAUCCUGACGCGCCUUGCGGUGUCGCGGAACCCGAGCCCGCUUGUGGCGGCCACCGCCGCGCCCGGGGUAUGCCUCCUCCGCUUCGCCUGUGAGUCCGCCGCUGGGUCCCUCGUCGGCGCCGUCGUCGGAUACGGAAAAGGUUUGGUUACUAUGAAGGGUUUUAAAGGAUCAUUUGCUGAUGCUGCAUCAUCUGCCAAGAUAUUUGCUGUUCUUGCUGGUGUUCAAAGUUUGGUAGCUUGCUCUUUGAGAAAACUACGUGGAAAAGAUGAUGGUAUCAACGCAGGAGUUGCAGGCUGUUGCACUGGCCUUGCACUGAGCUUCCCAGGUGCACCGCAAUCACUGAUUCAGAGCUGCCUGACCUUUGGAACUUUCUCAUACAUCAUAGAGAAGCUAAACAGACAGCAACCUGCACUGGCACUCCCAUCUGCCACUAGCGUGAAGGAUCUGAAGGCUGGGCAGAGUGUUCUUCCUCCCUUCACGCUUUCUCUUCCACAUGACGCAAUGGAGGGAUUUUCUACGUUUCAAAAUUUUUUGUCGAAGUUUCGAGGAGACUGAAUUACCUUGUGGAAUGGUGUCUACUUCGGAUUGCAUCCAUGCAAAUGCAUCAAUCUGAGUUUUCUUUGUUUGUUUCUUGUUCUCGACGAAGGUAGUGUGUUGCUAAUGCUGAUUAUUCCGCUCUGUUGUAAGGUUCUCGAAAAAUUCUACUCUGUUAUAUAACAAUUUUGCGAUUAAGGGAAGCAGUUUGCCA